AUGAUACACUUAAUUCUUCAUAUUCCAGAAGAUUAUCCAUUGUCAGAUCUUGCUGGAAAUAUAGCACCUGCUUUAGAGUUCGAUUCCAGAUAUCACGGUCAUAUUCAUGAUGACCACAGUCCUGGCUAUACGUUAUCAACUGCACUCCUUCAAAUUAUCACAUUUUGUGCAGAGCCUGAUCUUCAUUAUGAUCCUUCUCCAGAGAAUAUAACUCAUCUCUGCAGUAUGGUGGAAAAAUUCAGAUGUGCUACAUGUGGUCAUUCUUAUGCUAAGCCCAAUCCAGCCAUACUCAAUUAUAUAGAAACAAUGUCAGAUAAACAACAGAUAAAAGAAGAAACCAUAUCGAAGGAAGAAGAAGAAGAACGCUUGAAAUAUGAACGUGAACCCUUACUAUUAAAAGUCGAGCUAAUGGAAAAAUUAAUGUGUAGUGUGACAAAACAAAAUGUUAUUGAAGAUAACAUUUGUCUCGGCUAUCCGUUAUGGAUCAAACGUGAUGGUUACGGUCGUUUAUGGCCUGAAAUCAUUUUGGAACUCAUCUCUUAUGAUGCAUACAUUGCAGAAAUAUAA